AUGAACAGGACCACAGCAUUUAACACAAUUUCUCCACCCAAAAGCAACUGGAGUUUUCCCUACCACACCAUCCUGCAGCAUUGCGAGAAUACAACAGAUGUCACUACGUUUCUAGUCACCUCUUAUAGCUUAGAGAUCAUUCUAGGCAUUCUAGGAAACCUUUGUUUCCUUGGCAUCCUGGCCAGACGUAACGAGAAAGCCAUUGUCACCAAUAUAUUUAUCACCAAUCUCAUAGCUUCAGAUUUGAUCAUGUGCAUCUUCUGCCUACCGUUCACCAUUGUCACCAUCUUGUUUAACUACUGGGUAUUUGGUGAAGCCAUGUGUAGAAUGACUUCAUUCAUCCAGUGUACCUCUGUGACUGUGUCUAUCCUGUCACUUGUACUCAUUGCUUUAGAAAGGCACCAGCUCAUUAUAAAUCCAACGGGAUGGAGACCCAGCCUCUCCCACGCGUAUCUGGGUAUUGCAGCUAUUUGGAUCUUUGCUUCUCUCUUGUCCCUGCCUUUUGUGACUAACUCCAUUUUGACCAAUGACUUCUCCAAACAUUUCUACAUGAGGGAUUCUUCUGCAAGCGAGGACAUUUGUAUGCACUUAUGGCCUUCAGAAGGGUAUAGGCUCACCUAUGCUACCGCCUUGCUGCUAUUGCAGUACUGCAUCCCCCUUAUCUUUAUUGUGGUGUGUUACCUGCGCAUCUACCUUCGUCUCCAGAAGAGAGAGGGCAUGUUUGAGAAGCACGGGUACAAUUGUUGGAUAACUCAGUUGAAGCAGAUAAAUGUCCUCCUGGCAUCCAUGGUUGUUGCCUUUGCAGUCUGUUGGUUGCCACUGCAUGUUUUCAACAGCAUUGAUGACUGGAACUACAAAAUCAUUCCCCCUUGCCUUCAUGAUUUGAUCUUCUCAUUGUGUCAUCUUAUAGCUAUGGCAUCUACCUGUGUAAACCCCAUUAUCUAUGGCUUUCUAAAUAAGAACUUCAAAAAAGAAGUGAAGGCCCUGCUUCUGAAUUGCCAGCAUCAUUCUUCAGCACGAGAUUAUGAAAAUAUGCCUCUGUCAACCAUGCAGACAGAUGCCUCCAAGGAUUUGUUGAGGUUAAGCUGUCAGCAGGAUCCUAUUUAGUUCCUAUGAUAACUCUUCAGAGACCUGAGUCUUGGACUGCGGCCCCAUGUAUAUUGACAUGGGAAGACAUCCUAUUGAUCCCAGUGGGAGAUGUUUCCAAGU